AUGGACAUGCUCAUGCGGUUUCGAGGCGGUGGCAUUGGCCACAACUUACUCCAAGAUUUGGACCGAAAACUCCUAGCAUUGACUUUGAGUGUCCCCGAGGCCGAGGAACGCGAACUAUUCGAUGACCACCUCAGCGAUGAGGAAGAGCAAGGUGAGGAGCCUGAGGAACUCACAGAUGACAGCCACAGCGGAGAUGGCAGCGAUGAGGAUGAGGCUGAGAUGGAGAUGGAUACUACAGAGCAGGCGGAUGAGGGAUGUUUCUUGGGUGAGGACGAAGCGCUCGCUAACGAGGCUGGCUUUGAUGCAUUGUAG